UGAGGAAACCUUUGGAGGCCCCAACCCGGGCAACCUGGUUGCACUUCCGCCUCCCAGGCUCCGGAAGGUAUCGCGCACGCGCUCCCUGCGACUCCGGCGCGGUUGACUUCCGCUCCCACUGUGCCCUGCGAGCCGAAUCAUGGAUCACACUGACAAUGAGUUACAAGGCACUAAUAGUUCUGGAUCAUUGGGUGGUCUUGAUGUUCGAAGACGAAUUCCUAUAAAGCUCAUCUCCAAACAAGGGAACAAAGCCAAAGCUUCACCUCGAACUCCAAGGACUAUAAACAGGAUGCCUGCAAAGGCUCCAGCUGGUGAUGAAGGAUUUGAUUAUAAUGAAGAAGAACGGUAUGACUGUAAAGGGGGCGAACUGUUUGGAAAUCAGCGAAGAUUUCCUGGACACCUUUUUUGGGACUUUCAGAUAAACAUCUUAGGUGAAAAGGAUGAUACACCAGUUCAUUUCUGUGACAAAUGUGGAUUGCCUAUUAAAAUCUAUGGGCGAAUGAUUCCAUGCAAGCAUGUUUUUUGCUAUGACUGUGCUAUUUUACAUGAAAAAAAGGGAGAUAAGAUGUGUCCAGGCUGUAGUGAUCCUGUGCAGCGAAUUGAGCAGUGUACACGAGGUUCUCUCUUCAUGUGUAGCAUUGUUCAAGGGUGCAAGAGAACAUACUUGUCCCAGAGAGACUUACAGGCUCAUAUCAACCACCGCCAUAUGAGAGCUGGAAAACCUGUUACCCGUGCUUCACUUGAAAAUGUUCAUCCUCCUAUUGCCCCACCACCAGCUGAAAUCCCCGAUCGUUUUAUAAUGCCGCCAGACAAGCACCAUAUGAGCCAUAUUCCGCCAAAGCAGCACAUCAUGAUGCCACCACCUCCUUUGCAACAUGUGCCCCACGAGCACUAUAAUCAGCCACAUGAGGAUAUUCGUGCUCCUCCAGCAGAAUUGUCCAUGGCUCCACCUCCACCUCGCUCGGUCAGUCAGGAAACCUUUCGUAUUUCAACAAGAAAACACAGCAAUUUAAUAACUGUCCCUAUUCAGGAUGACUCAAGUUCAGGUGCUAGAGAACCACCACCUCCUGCCCCAGCACCUGCUCACCAUCAUCCUGAAUAUCAGGGUCAACCAGUGGUCUCGCACCCUCAUCAUAUUAUGCCUCCACAGCAACAUUACGCACCACCCCCACCUCCUCCACCACCAAUAAGCCAUCCAAUGCCACAUCCUCCCCAGGCCGCAGGUACCCCUCACCUGGUGUAUAGCCAAGCUCCACCUCCACCAAUGACCUCUGCUCCACCACCAAUCACCCCUCCCCCUGGACAUAUUAUGGCCCAGAUGCCACCUUAUAUGAAUCAUCCUCCUCCAGGACCUCCCCCCCCUCAACAUGGUGGUCCACCUGUAACUGCACCCCCUCCUCACCAUUAUAAUCCUAACUCUUUACCCCAGUUCACUGAAGAUCAAGGAACUCUGAGCCCUCCAUUUACACAGCCAGGGGGAAUGAGUCCUGGUAUAUGGCCUGCACCGAGAGGGCCGCCUCCUCCUCCACGAAUGCAGGGUCCGCCUUCUCAAACCCCACUUCCUGGACCACAUCAUCCAGAUCAGACAAGAUAUAGACCGUAUUACCAAUGAUAAUAGUAUUUUGAACUGAAGAUAUGAUGAGGAAACAAAACUUAUGUAUAGUCAAUCUUUUAAUUAAGCUUUGACUGUUUGGGGAAGGGAAAGUGCCUCUUACUGAGGUGGCUGUAAAACCCUUAGGGUCUUGUCUCUUAAAAUGGUUUUAAAUCUUGACCUUAGGAGUGAUUUCAAGUACUAUACUGUAGUGCAGAUAAGUGGCUCAGUUGAGCACCACUAUAUUUUAACAGCUUUCUUCCCCUAGUGUGGUAAAUUGACCCAGAGGUGACCAUUUGUAAAAAAUUUGAAAAAAUUUUUUCGUCGUUCCACUUUCAAAAGUAUUGCUUUUGUUAAACCCAAUGUUUAGUUUUUCUUGUCAUACGUUUUGUUAACCUGUGUAAAAGGAUUAAAUUUCAAUAUGGUUGUAAAAAUGCUAUUUUUAUGUGAAUUUAAGUGCAGCCACAUACUGUUUUUUAAACCAUGUUUUACCACUAAUUUCCCAAAGUUAUAAUAAAAUCCUAAAAGUAAAAA